UACGCAGUCACGUGCUGACACCUGCGACAUCACCGCCGUUGCCUCUCGAGAGAAGAAGAAGAAGAAGAAGACGUAUCGCAGCAAAGAUGUCGGGAGCAGCAGCAGAGCCAGUGAAAGAACUAGAAACAGAGAAGGAGGAGACAGAGAGCGUGUCGUCGUCCUCAGCAUCACAGCGACGCACGUUCGGGUCAUCGGUGCUUCAAGGCCUGCAACUCGUCGGCUCGGUGAUCAAGUUCAGCGCUAUUCAGCUCGUGUUUCCGUUCGUGAACGGAAUGAUGAUUGGAUUUGGCGAGAUCUUUGCGAACGAGCUUGGGAUCCGGUGGGGGUUUUUGGGCGCACAUGCCCAUCCGAUGCGGAUAAAUAUACGAAACAGGGUCGAGCAGCGGUUACUGGAAGAGGAAAAGAAAAGGUCAUAAAGAGAUAUUCUAAUUGUACAUAUAUAUAAACGAUAUA